AUGUCAAGCAAGGAAGGGGUUCCAGCGGAUGAGUCGGAUACCCUACUCUACGGUUCAAGUUAUAGUGCUUAUGUACUACAACUGGCGGAGGAUGGGUUAGAUGAAGAGGAAUUGGCAGCUCUCCGUCAACACGCAAUUGACCUCGGCCUAUCUAUCAAAGACUAUUGUGAAGAAUCAAAGAAAAGCCUGGAGGCUGUCUCCGAAACGUCCACUGAAACGACACCUACCCCUACGACGGCCAUGUCAGCUAGCCAAAUCACCACCCCAUCGUCAGUGUCUUCCUCAGCCCAGCGAAUGUCUAGCAGUGCCCAUUCUAUAUCAUCGCUGGCAACUUGUCCUCCCGCAUAUAAUAAGGAUGGAGAGACACGGCACAAACUUUUGCUGUUCCGCGCCGCGCCGUCCAGACACUCGUUCGAUGCUUCAUAUUAUCAGGAUCACCGGAUCACUACGGGCUUUAGGCAGUCUAUCAUAUCCAAGUUCCCAUAUUUCAAGAAACGGUCGUCUGUGCCUGCUGCUCUACCUUCCAAAUCCCGGCAAGCCCUCAACACAUCGCAGAUAUUCCAAAGAGACUACAGUGUAGAGGCUAGGAUCGAUGCCGCUCCGUCUUCGGAAGCGCCAUCCCCCGCACAUCUUGAGACACCGGAUCCUGAAGAACCAAUAGAUAUGGAUUCUGUUGCGAGAAGCUUAUCUUGUUCGAUCUUGACGACCUUGCGAGAAAUGCAUGAAAACCAAAAAAGAAGGCACUUGGAAUUUAAGAAGGAAGUCCUGAAUUCCAUCCAAACGAAACACGAUAAACUCAUCGAAGAAAAGAGGAAGCAGAAUGAAGAGGGCGAAUACGCGCUUGAGGCCCAGGCAAUCCGUAUUGAAGAGAGAGACCUAGUAGCUGAAAUAUCUCUCGUUGCAGAACUACGACGCGAGAAGCAAGCUCUCCAGACUAGCAUACGUCACAUGGAGGCAUACUUCAACACACCACCACCCAACCUACCCUUCGAUAAGAAUGGUUUCUAUGCCAACCUCCAACCGCGUGAGUUCACCGACCAGAAACGGAGUCGUCUUUCUCAAAGCUAUCACGAGCUCAAUACGCUCGACGCGCUACACGAGUCUAAAGUAAAAGUCCUGAGAGACAGACAGGCGAGGAAUUUUCAAGAAACGCUAAGGGCCAUGGAACUCGAGUCUCUUGAACUUGCUAAGAAGAAUAAAGAAGUUUUGGAUGACCUUGAAAAUCGACGGCGGGACGAAACCAUGGCUGUAGUCACUUGGCUGGAUGAAAGGAAACGGAAACUCAUCUAUAGGUGGGCGCUGGAGGAGGGAAUUGCAAGGAGACGGCUCGAGGACGAGACCAAGCAGACCUACGGCCCCUUGCCCAGGAUAUCAUUUAACGAAGAUGAAUACGAUGGCCUCAUGUAUGGCCGUCCAAGAGAGAAUUGA